AUGUUCUGCGAAUCGGCUCGUGGAUUCUUCGUUUUCUCGAUUUUCACGAGUUUCUGCGCUUUACUUGCCUAUCUUUCAUUCAUUUGGGCAAUCAAUGAGGAUUUGUCGAUGCUCAAGCAAGAGAUUCUUCAGGAAUUACGAGAGUUUCAGAUAGAGACAGACGACUCGUGGAACAAGCUGAUCUCUCUCGAGUACGAGCUCAAACGUUUACCCCGAUCUGAGCAAAAGCUUUACACAUACAAGGCUCGAAUUCCUGCUCGAAAAAGUCGAAGAAAGCCAAAAAUCUUUGCAUCGACUCCAUCUAAAGGGCAAAUGGAAGCAUUCGGAUUGGAGAAACUGGCGAAAUUGAACCUUCCAACAGAACACAGGAAACUCGUGUUCAAUCCGAAAUGCCCAACUGGGGAAACUGGUCCAAAAGGAGUUGAUGGAGAGAAUGGACCAGCAGGUGUGCCAGGAAUCCCCGGACAUCGGGGUUUCAACUGGAGUGGUUACAAGUUUUUACAAAACACUGAAUGCAUUGUUUGUCCCGCAGAGCCCGGUCUCUCAGGCCCACCGGGUCCACCUGGGCCGAAAGGCCCUCCAGGUCCUCGUGGCCCACCUGGCCCACCUUCUAAACAUUUUGGACCUCCUGGUCCACCAGGAGAUCCUGGGAAAGACGGAGUACGUGGCCCACCCGGAGUCCCGGGAAUUGCUGGAAAGUAUGAGAUUCGUUGGGUGUGUCCAAAAGGAGAGCCGGGGAGGAGAGGUGUGCCUGGUAAACCAGGUGUGAUUGGUCCACCGGGGUGGCCGGGUAGCGCUGGAUUUGUUGGACUGAUGGGAGCUGUGGGCAAGAUUGGACACCCAGGACCACAAGGACCAAAUGGAUUGAAAGGACGCAUUGGACAACCUGGUUUUAGAGGUUUAAAAGGCAAUUGCACAUGCCCGGAGCGAUCGGCUUUCUACAAAGGAUCAUUCAAAAUAUCGGAACCAAAUUUCAAAAUUGGAAAAGAGCUUGGAUAUCCGUUGGAGGAU